GUCCGCCGCUCUCUGGCCAUCCCAUCAGCACCGAGCGAGCCUUGGCUCCACCACACCAGCAUCACCACCAGCAUCACUGUGGCUGCCGUUGGUGCAUACAUCGCCUAGCGGCUCGUUCUGAAUCUCGACGACCAUCAUGACCUCGCGGAAACGGCGCACCCUCGGCGAGCUGCUCACCGAUCUGGCCAACCCGGCCCCAUCCACGUUCGAUCCCGAAAAGGCCGAUGGCUUCUCGACCUUUGACCGGCCCGCCGACGAAUCCUUCCUGGAUGACCAGGAUAUGGAUGCCGGGCGAGAACACUAUGUAGAUGUUGGCCGAAGCUCGAUCCGCACCAAAAUCGGCUCGAUAGUGGAGGACCCAAAAUAUGCGGGCAAGCGUGCCAAUCGCAAGAGUCUGUUCGAUGCAGACGAGCCCUCGAGCGCCGAUGAUGAGGAUGACUAUGGAGAAGAUGACGAUAAUGAGGAUCAGGAUGACGAUGACGAGGAUGAGGACGAUGACGAUGAUGAGGACGAGGACGAUGAUGAGGACGAUGAUGAGGACGAAGAUGGAGAAGAAGACGAGGAUGAAUAUGGCGAUGGGGACUACGACGACCGUGAGGGCCGAAAGCUGGCUGAUGAACUCGCCGAGCUCCAGGCAGAGGAAAGCAAGCUGAUAAAGACACUCUCCCAGACGGCCAAGGGCGAUGCCGAAAAGGGCCGGCACGUCCGAAAUCAGAUGAAUAUUUGGGAGACCCUGCUCGAUUGUCGAAUCCGAAUGCAGCAAGUCGCGACGAUCGCCAACCGACUCCCGCACAACGACGUGUAUCCACUCUUCAUGGAGCACGCUCCAGCCAAGGAAGAGACUGCUCAGGAUCUGAACGCCGCCACCCGCGGCCUGGGAUCGCUCGUCGAAUCGCUUCUGGAAUUCCGAAAGGAACUGGUCUCGAAGAACGACACAGUCACCAUGACGCCCGAGAUAUCGUCAAAAAAACGAAAGUACGACUACGAUGACCCCGACAGCCUGCUGGGCUCCAUGUGGACAGACAUCAAGGAGCUCGACACCUCCUUCCAGGCGUACAGAAACACCACGAUCGAGAAGUGGAGCAACAAGGUGCAGGCAGCCAGCGGCAUUCCGCUCCACAAGAAGUUCAAGUCGAUCAACCAGAGUGUCCUCAGCCAGAUCAAGACGAUCAUGAACGACCGCGAGCGACUUGUCAAGCGCACACGUCUCAAGCGAUCGGAGUAUCGUACCCUUGGCCAGGCCGCCUCCAAGUCAAGCGACGAAGCCGAGGGCACCCAACCCGAUGUGGCUGAGGCGGACGCCCACCUUGCCAACCACGACGCCGAGAUCUUUGAUGACUCGGACUACUAUCAGCAGCUGCUCAAGGAGCUGAUCGAGUCGCGCAUGACCGAGACCGACGAUCCGGUGGCGCUGUCGAUGCGAUGGGCGCAGCUGAAGCAGCUGCAGGGCAAGAAGAAAAAGGCCAACGUCGACACCAAGGCCAGCAAGGGCCGCAAGAUCCGAUACCAUGUCAUCGAGAAGCUGCAGAACUUUAUGGCGCCGGAGCCUCGGGGCUCGUGGCACGAGGAGAUGAUCUCGGAGCUCUUCCAGAGCCUGCUGGGCAAACACUCGGGCAGCUCGGCGGGCGUGUCCGGCACGGGGCCAGCCAACUCGGGCGACAUUCCCAUCACAAACGAUGGCCUGAAAGUUUUUGGAUAGAGCCGCGGCCGCUGUCUGCUUGCCAAUACACCGAAACCACCACAAUCAGCAGAUGGAAUCGUCCGUGGGAACCGGGGUGCG